UCAGGUUUCGACGAUGUCCCAUCGCUACUGUUCGUGGCCCGAGCCUUCAUCAUCCCGUCGUUCAUCGCCGGUUUCCUCACAGUCCUCCUCUAUAUCAUUAAGAUCAUCAUGCUGGUCUUCCGACCACUGUGGCAGCGCAUCUACAUCAAGGUGGCUUACCUCACCUUCGCCGCCAUCGCCGGCGUAGCCGCGGGUAUCGCGGUCAUCAUCUUCUCCGUCAAGCUAGAAGAAGAGCAGUUUGAGCUGCUCUGGGCGCCGGCCCUCCCCGGAGUAGGAGGCUUCCUCUUCCACGUCAUCGCCAUAGGAGGCUACCUCAGCUGGCGAAACCGCUCCUCUGACGACGACCUGGACGACAGGUCAGAGUUCAGUGACCGCACCUCCAACAUCUACGAGUUUUCCUCCAGCUCCAAACACCGGAAGGACCAUGGCGCCAAAGGGCUCAGCAAAGGCUACCACAGGAGUAUGUCCGGACAAAGCGGGAAAUCGGACGUCCUAUGACAGUGACAAAAGCUGCUGAAAUUUUUGUUCUAAACACUUCUUGUUUGAGAAUUUUAUAAUAUCCUGCUAUCAUGUACCGUACAAAUCUUUCUUGGGAUUUUGUUUCCCCCUCUAUUAUUAUGAUUAUAAUUCCAGUCUCUUCUCUCGUGUUCGGAGAAAGAUGAUUCUGAGAGGGGAUGGAUGAUGCUGUGUAUCGAUGCGUACUUCAUGUAGGCAAGAGUAUCGAUGUGCUAGUCUGUUGAAACAGCGUAUUCGAUGCUUUUUUGGCUGAGUGAAUAACCUUGUUGUGUACGACCUUUGAUUGAGCGGCUUGCAAGAUGGCACGUCCAAGAUGGUGCGUCCAAGAUGGCGGACUGUGCUACAGCAUCCACUAUCGGUUUCUGUUUCACGAAGUCUACGAUGUUUAUCCGUCAAACGACGGUCUGCAAUGUUUAUCCAUCAAACAACGUAUGCAGUGUUUAUCCGUCAAACAACGUUGACAAUGAUUAUCCGUCAAACGGCGUCUGCGGUCUUUAUCCGUCAAAACGACAGUCUUCGAUACAUGCCUGUCAAACAGCGUGCCCAAAAUCUGCCUGUGAGACAACUCGCCUGUUUACUGGCGUCUGCCAUGCUUGCCCCUUUAGCAGCAUCUGCAAUUAUUAUAUUUGCCCAACAACAGCAACAUCAGCAACAACAGCAACAACAACAACAGCCUCAACAACAACAA